GUUUCUCCGUAAGAUGGGUCAUUAUUGGUUUACUGACUCCACCAUCUUCGAGUCCUUCCCCAGAUCGUCUCGGUUCCCCCCAGAUCCCAGGAAUCUCAGUAUUCUCUACAUGCGCUGCCUCACGGACGUAAAUGGGCGGCCCACAGACUAAGGGACUGAGCUCUGAUGAUCGCAGCUUACAGCCUUGUCGAACCGGCAUAAACCCACGGUCAUGUAGAAGGCGCAUGCCCUUCUAGUUCCUUUGACCCGAAAUCUUAUCAUCGGCGCCACGCGCUUUCAGCCCCACAAACCCCGCAAAAAUUUGCGAAACUCGCGUACCCCGGAAUCGGGCAAAUUUGUCAACUUAAAUAUGUCUGCCUUACUCCUUACGGUGAUGCAUACUGAGGAGCCAAAACAAUCGUCUCCUUUCUGUUACAGACCGCGGUUGUUGGCUUCCAUUUUUCACCAUGGAGGACUCCCGUCGACGUCAGCUUCAUAGUUGCGACCAAUGCCGCAAGGGAAAGAGGGGCUGUGAUGCACCGAAGAAGCGAAAGGAAAACGGCUUCUCUUGUUCGAACUGCAAACGAUGGAAGAAAGAGUGCACAUUCAAAUGGAUUGCCUUGAAGCAUACAGACCACACCGGAGGCCGGAAAAGAAAACAGUCAGGCGCUGGGGGUCCACAUCGGAAUCCUGAUGUUUCUUCAAUUACGAGUUCAUGUAGUGCCAUCCUAGACGAGACGCUGCGAUCUUCACAGUGGUAUACUGUCAACCCUGCGCAUAUGGCCGAGGCCUCUAGUUUUGCUUCCACCUCGCCGUCCUCAAUUGUCCCCGAAGAAGCAAUUCCAGAAGGGUUGGAACCUAUCGGGCCAGUUGAUGGCCACUCGGGAACGUUUCCUUGGAUAAUGGAAAGCCCUAAUCAUUGGAAUACCAGCGCAGUGAGUGAAGGGUCAGAAAAGGCCAUGGGAGGAAUUGGAUACCAGGCAACAUGGAAUGCCUCUUUACCUAUAUCUUUUGGUAGCACCCUUGACCUGGCCCAGGAGGUUGAAGAUGGUUCCAGCUCCUCUUCUUCCGGGUUCACGAACCCAAUUCUCAAGCCUAAUGACAGCAGAUAUUCCUCAACAUCUUCUUCCAAUGGAAUAUUAAAGCCAAGUUUCCAAUCUGGCUUUUGUACCGCUUCCGACAGUACCGCUAGGGGAAUACGCUCGUGCGACGAUGACACGCAACUUGAUUCGCAUAUAUCACGAUACGACUCGGCCGGUGUCGUGCUGCCUUACAGAGAGAUGAAGGAGUGGGGACCGAGUUGGUCGAACAGAAUGUGUAUUCGGGUUUGUCGUUUGGAUCGUGCUUCGUCCUCAAUACGCGGUAGGGCUCUAAGCGCGGAAGAGGACAAAACCGCAUUUAAAACACUGCAUCUGGCAAUCAUGGCGUUUGCCUCGCAGUGGACUCAACAUGCCCAGAAGGGUACAGGUCUAUCUGUCCCAGCGCAAAUCGAGUACGAUGAAAGAGCCAUUCGAGAGAACGUUUGGAAUAAGGCAAGGCAAGCCUUGGAGCAAUCAACUGGAAUACCUUCUUUCCGUAUUAUCUUCGCGAAUAUCAUCUUCUCCUUGACGCAAAGUCCAUUGGACAAGGGGCAGGACUCACGACUCGGUAAGCUGUUAGAGAAUGACCCUGCGCCGAUAUUCCUCGAAACUGCGAACCGCCAGCUUUUCACUCUUCGCCAUAAAUUUACGAGGCUUCAACGAGAGGCCCCUCAAUGUUUGAGAGAGUCUCGAAGAGGGUCGAUAGGAUCAACAAUGACCGACAUGUUCGAACUGACCACUCCUUCUCAGUCUCCCAGGGUCGACCCGAUUCUCACUAGUCAUGACCACCGCAGUACGCUUGGUCUUAUGUUCUGGCUAGGAGUCAUGUUUGAUACCUUAAGUGCGGCGAUGUAUCAACGUCCCCUCGUGGUGUCGGAUGAGGACAGUCAAAUUGCAUCGGCAUCGCCAAGCACGCUUGAAACCGAAUACAAGGUCGAUCUCGACGGCUGGAAUAUUCCAGGAAGUAAGGCUUGCCACAAGCAUGAUGUAUGGGGUGAUUUCUUUCUCCGUCAUCCCGUGGACGGUCGAGAGUAUAGCAAAUCCCAGCCAAGGUGGCCAUGCUCUUACGAAGAAGCGGCCUCUGUACUUUCAGAGGCAACCCCUGUCAAAGUCUUGCUAUACCGUCGAGUCACGCAACUUCAAACCCUGGUCUAUAGAGGGGCAAGUAGCGAUUGCCUAGAAGACGUGAUCAAAAAGACCAUGCUGGUCUACCAGCACUGGAAUUAUACAUACCAGACAUUCAUGCUAGAUUGCGUCGCUAGCCACCAACUACUUCCUCCUCGCAUCCAAUCGUGGUACAUUAUACUUGAUGGCCAUUGGCAUCUUGCUACAAUGCUUUUGGCAGAUGUGAUAGAAAGCAUUGACAACGGCAGACUCGGCUCUGACACUGCGCGCCGGGCUCGCGAAGCUACAGACAUCGUGUCUAAACUCAGGACAGAUAAUGCUCUUGCAGUCGGUGCACUGGCUCGCUCCUCACUUAGAGGACAAGAAUCCACCAUGAACCGCCAUUUCCAUGAUUCUGUGAACGAAGUGGCUUUCUUAGUUGAGCCAUGGACUGUCGUUCUUGUUCAUUCGUUUGCCAAGGCGGGGUACAUCUCUAUAGAAUGUUUGGAUGUGUCUGAUGAGCACGAUGUGCUAGCUGAGUGCUUCCGGGAUAAUUGUGAAGCAUGUAUCGCUGCGCUUCAAUAUUUAGGGAGAAAGUCUGAUAUGGCUUGCUUGGUUGCUCAAAAUUUGUCGAUAUCUUUGGAUUUGAAACUCGGCCAGAAAUUAUGGGGAUAG